AUGAAGGUAGAACGUGUGCUUUCUCGGCUGGUGCUGGCUUCGUCAGUAGCCACAGCUCAUCCUACAUUUCGAGGACGUGUGAUCGACCGGCGAGACUAUCUGCUCUCGGCCUACGACUAUGUAGUGGUGGGAGCUGGUGCAAGCGGCCUUACAGUGGCCAACCGGCUCAGUGAGGAUGAUGCAACAACUGUCCUCGUCAUAGAAGCUGGUCAAUUUGACCAGGGUGAAGAUAUCGUGACUAUUCCCGGUCUGGCUGGUGGGGCGGUUGGCACUCAAUACGAUUGGAAUACCUCGUACAUCCCGACUGAAUAUGUCGAGAAUCGCGCGAUAUCGAUACCUCAAGGCAAAGUCGUUGGCGGCUCGACCAAGCUUAAUCGUAUGGUCUUUGAUCGUGGCUCAAAGUCUGACUAUGACCGCUGGGAGGAACUUGGGAACUCUGGAUGGGGCUGGGACUCUCUUUUACCAUAUUUCAAAAAGAACGAGUUCUUCACGCCACCAGAUGAGCAAAUCGCCUCCACGUAUAAUAUUACUUACGAUGUGUCUGCCCAUGGAUUUGAUGGUUAUAUGAAUGUCAGCUAUGCGCCAUUCAUUUGGCCAACAACUAAGGACUUUGCAAGUGCAAUCGAGGAAGUCGGGAUAUCAAUUUCACCAGACCAGGCAAAUGGAAAUGCCAUUGGUGGUUUCUACAUCCCGCACAACCAGGAUCCUUCCACGGCGACUCGAUCAUCCGCAAGAGAAGCAUAUUACGACACAGUCGAGACCCGCGGUAACUUGCAUCUGAUCACUGGGCAACAAGUCACGCGUAUUCUGAGUGAUGUAACCGGAGACACCGUAUCUGUCACGGGUGUGGAGUUUGCAUCGAGUCGUAAUGCUUCAAAAUCAUCCGUUACGGUCCAGAAGGAGGCCAUAUUGGCAGCCGGUGCCAUUUUUACACCGCAGAUUCUCCAAGUCUCUGGCAUUGGCGAUUCGACUUACCUUUCCAGCAUCAACGUGAGCACAGUGGUCGACUUGCCAGCUGUCGGGCAGAACUUCCACGACCACAUCCUCUUGACAACUGUCAACACGAUUGUUGCACCUCUUACCGCUAGCAAUCUCACCACCAAUGCGACAUACGCAGCCGAGUCACGCGAGCUCUAUGACACUGAGCACACAGGGCCAUAUGCCAAUCCAACCGGCGACUUCCUCGUCUUCCUUCCUCUCCUGAACUUCACAGACCAGUGGGCCACCAUCCAGGCCGAAGCAACUGCACAAGAUCCGGCGGCAUAUCUUCUCAAUGAUACAGCCGCGGAAGUCAUCGAGGGCUACAAGCAACAGCACCAAGUCCUGAGCGAAAAGCUAGGAUCGGCAGACUCUGGCGUUCUGGAGCUCAUCUGGGCCGACGGCGCAGUUGUGCUCGGUUUGGAACACCCUUACUCUCGAGGUAGCAUCAAGGCGCCGUCGGCAGAUAUCUUUGACGCGCCCUUGGCCGAUCCAAACUACCUGAGCAACCCGCUCGAUGUCGAGAUUCUUGUCGAGGGCAUCAAGUUUGUACGGUCGCUGAUGGGAGCAGAUGCGCUUGCUCCGCUGCAGCCAUUCGAAGUCCUGCCCGGUGCCAACAUCACGAGCGACGCGGAUCUUGAAAGCUUCAUCCGCCAGUCGGCCGGUACUCUCUAUCACCCGGCCGGAAGUUGCAAGCUGGGCGCCAAGGAGCAAGGAGGUGUGGUUGACAACCAGCUCAAGGUCUACGGCAUCGAAGGAUUGCGCAUUGUUGAUGCAAGCGUUAUGCCACUGUUGCCAGCCAGUCACACAAUGACUACGGUCUAUGCAGUGGCAGAGAAGGUGAGUGAUCCAAACACGUCUCAGAAUCGGCGUUUCUUGUACUUGAUGUGA